CCCCCUCCCUCCCUCCCUCCUCUCCAAUCAUUAUCCAGCUGUGUGAGCUUUCCUGAUGGACACACGGAACCGAGAGAACACAGUGAGGCUGAGAGCGUGGCGACCAAGACGAAAGAUGCUCUGCCGUGUAUGAAGAAGAAGAAGAUGGACAAUGAAAGCCGGCCGGCUUUUAUUUGUGACGCUUGACUGGACGCACGGCGACACAUCUUGAUGGAUUUUUAAAAGUGUGCUGCGGAAUAUGCGCGCAAGAAAAACGCCUGUGGAUGCAAUGGAAAGUGUUGGCGCCUACUUCAUUUAGAAGAGCGAAGCGCGUGGAAGCGAGUGGACCUAUUGCUUUCUUUCCUUAUUGGGAAUCACCUGAAGGAACAAGUUGUUCAAACAGAGGCACAAGCGGACCCGAACGCUGCCCAAAGUAUUCACUGGUGGAUGCUUCGAAAGUCUUAGGGAGAACCCCCGCGUGGUGCGGCGUGGCGUGGCGUGGCGUGGCGUGGCGUGGGGAGGGAGAGCUUUGAGCACCGGGGCUUCGCUCGCUCGCUCGCUCGGGGCCCUCUUGCAGCACCGCACCGCAGCGCAGCGCACCGAAGCUGCACCGAAGCUGCACAGACGCACCAAGCGCGCCAACGAUCCACUUGGGAACUCUGCGCUCCUCCAAAGCAAACAACCUCCAGCCUGUCAGCCUGUUCUCUUUUUCGAGCUGCUGUGGACUUUGCAGCCACCAAAGUGAUCAUGCGAUGACUGGACGCGCAUUGGAGACAUCGACCGAGUCCAAAUCAGGAGGCCAAUGAUGGCCGAGGAUGGGGGAAAUCUCUCCGGGGGCUCGGAGGGCCGCUCUUCUCUGCCCAGGACUUUCAUCCGUCUCAACGACUUAUCCGGGAACGGCGGAGUGGGCGAGGAGCCGACGGAGGCGACGGUAGAAGCGGCUUCCCCGGCCCCCGAUGGGACUUCCUUGGCCGAGGAUGAAGCGUCAGCCUCCGGUGAAGAAACCCUGCCUUACCCCACCUUGGCCCCGGUGGUCUUCUUCUACAUGAAACAGAGCACCCGUCCUCGGAGCUGGUGUCUCAAGAUGGUUUGCAACCCGUGGUUUGAACGAGCGUCCAUGUUGGUGAUCCUGCUCAACUGCGUAACUUUGGGCAUGUUUCAUCCCUGUGAGGACAUCGACUGCAACUCUGACAGAUGUCAAGUCCUGCAGGAUUUUGAUGACUUUAUCUUUGCAUUCUUUGCCAUUGAGAUGGUCAUUAAGAUGGUGGCUCUUGGGAUUUUUGGCAAGAAAUGUUACCUUGGAGAUACCUGGAACCGCUUGGACUUCUUCAUAGUCAUAGCAGGAAUGUUGGAGUAUUCCCUCAACCUGCAGAACGUCAGUUUUUCAGCGGUGAGGACGGUCCGAGUGUUGAGGCCGUUGAGGGCCAUCAAUCGAGUGCCAAGUAUGCGCAUCCUGGUCACCCUGCUGCUCGACACUCUGCCCAUGCUGGGCAACGUGCUGUUGCUCUGCUUCUUUGUCUUUUUCAUAUUUGGCAUCGUGGGAGUUCAGCUGUGGGCCGGCCUGCUCAGAAAUCGUUGCUUUGUUGAGGACAACUUCUCUUUCCCUCUGUCUGCGGAGCUGGAGAAAUACUACCACACUGAAAAUGACGACGAGAACCCUUUCAUUUGCUCUCAGCCCAGAGAGAACGGCAUGAGGGAGUGUAGCUCCGUGCCCAAGCUCUACGACGAGGCGGGUCUGCUGCAAUGCAACCUGGACAUGUACUCGUACAACAGCACCGAUAACACCACCUGUGUCAACUGGAACCAGUAUUACAGCAACUGCUCGGCCGGUCUGGUUAACCCCUUCAAGGGGGCCAUCAAUUUUGAUAACAUCUGCUACGCCUGGAUUGCCAUUUUCCAGGUGAUCACUCUGGAAGGCUGGGUGGAUAUCAUGUAUUUCGUGAUGGAUGCGCAUUCCUUCUACAACUUCAUCUACUUCAUCUUACUAAUUAUCAUUGGCUCGUUCUUCAUGAUUAACCUCUGCCUGGUCGUCAUUGCCACUCAGUUCUCCGAAACCAAGCAGAGAGAGAGUCAGCUGAUGAAGGAGCAGAGAGUUCGCUUCAUGUCCAAUGCCAGCACCUUAGCUUCCCUUUCCGAACCGGGCUCUUGCUACGACGAGCUGCUCAAGUAUCUGGUCCACGUGAUCCGUAAGGGAGCCAAACAGGUGGCCCGCAUCUGCAGGUUCUUAGCACGUCGUGCGGGACUCAACAUUGCCGCCUCGCCGCCUCCGGUGGAACCCGAACAAAGGCAAAGCCAGAGGAGAAGGAGGAGGAAGUCCUCCAGACAGGGCUCCUUUUCCGUUUAUCACAUGGCCCACCCGCACCCCCACUAUCAUUAUCAUUUUGGGAACGGCAGUGUGAGAGCAGGAGGGAACAUCAGAUGUCUGGAAGGUCAGGAUGCCGAUCCAUCUUCUCAGAAUAACAACAGCGUAGGAGCAAAUACGACCUUAGCCCCGCCCCCUCGUUCGGUCAUUACCGCCACUUCGGACAGCGAUCUGGCAGGAUUUGCCAUCGGCCUACUCCACCGAGAAACUCCCUCGACCGCAAACCUCUGGCAAACCCCGAGCCAAUCGUCCUUCACCUCAACGUCUCGGGCGAUGAAGAGGAACUCUGUGCCCUUCGCUGCUCCCGGCCUCAAGAAUUACCCGACUCUCCAGGCCCGAGCUUUCGCCGAGUCCAGACGAGGAAGCGUGGCGACCGGUACGCUGAUGAACGUCAGUCUCAACAUUCCGCCGGUGCCGUACGGGAGAAGGCGGCAGAGCUUGGCGGACCCCUCAGCUGCAGGCCAGCCGUCCUCCUGCCAGCUGUCUGCUCGUGACCUCAGCGCCACGAGCAGCGUCACGGACGUGGCGGGCUUGACGCUGGACCCCGAAAGUUGCCCUUACUGCGCAAAGGCUCUCGCCAACGAGUCGGAGGGCGGCACGGAGACGCCGGGAGAUUCCGACAGCGACGGGGUCUACGACUUUAACAGGCGGGACAGUCGGCGGCGGCGGCGGCGGGCCAAGCAAAAGCCCUUCAGGCUGGGCAAAACGGCCGCUAAGGUGGUGCGCUUCUGGAGGCUGGUGUGCGAUACCUUCAGGAAAAUCGUGGAUAGCAAAUAUUUUGGACGUGGGAUCAUGAUCGCCAUCUUGAUCAACACUCUCAGCAUGGGAAUCGAGUAUCACGAGCAGCCUGACGAACUGACCAAUGCCUUGGAGAUCAGUAAUAUUGUGUUCACCAGUCUCUUCUCCCUGGAGAUGCUGUUAAAGGUUUUAGUCUACGGACCUUUCGGAUAUAUUAAGAACCCUUACAACAUCUUUGACGGCAUCAUUGUAGUCAUCAGUGUGUGGGAAAUUGUGGGUCAGCAAGGGGGAGGUUUGUCCGUGCUGAGGACCUUCCGGCUCAUGAGGGUGCUGAAAUUGGUCCGAUUCAUGCCGGCCCUUCAGAGGCAACUGGUGGUGCUGAUGAAGACCAUGGAUAAUGUGGCCACCUUCUGCAUGUUGCUCAUGCUCUUUAUCUUCAUCUUCAGUAUUCUGGGGAUGCAUCUGUUUGGUUGUAAAUUUGGUUCCGAACGGGACGGAGACACCCUGCCGGACAGAAAAAACUUUGACUCUCUUCUCUGGGCCAUUGUGACUGUUUUCCAAAUUUUAACCCAAGAAGACUGGAACAAGGUGUUAUAUAACGGCAUGGCAUCCACAACCCCGGUAGCAGCUCUCUACUUUAUUGCCCUUAUGACUUUUGGAAACUACGUUCUGUUCAACCUGCUGGUGGCCAUCUUGGUCGAAGGCUUCCAAACGGAGGAAGUGAGCAAGCGGGAGGACUUGCAUGCCCAACUGAGUCUAAUUCAGCUGCCUGUAGAUGCGAGGGGAGAUGCUUCCAAACCCGGUUCAGAGAUUGAUUCCUGUGCCCGCAGUAUGGAGGAUGUUAACGGCAGUAAGAGGGAUUUAUCAGCUUCUGCAGUCGUACCUGUAAACGGUCAUGUGGAUUUGAAGAGCAGCCUGACUCCUCCACUGAUUACUCACACGGCAGCAACUCCCAUGCCUAUACCUAAGUUACCCAUCACGGGUGAGCCCAUCCAGGGUUACGAGUCCCGCCGAGGCAGCAGUGUCUCUGUAGAAGCCACCUGCUACGACAAGUCACCGCCGUCCAGCGCCCGAAGCGCUUCCCCUUACGCACCUCGGAGCACGGGGAGCGGCCGCAACAGCCGUCGAUCGAGCUGGAACAGCCUGGGUCGCGCCCCGUCCCUCAAACGCCAGAAGCGCCAAUCCGCCGAGCGACGCUCGCUUUUAUCCCAAGAGGGCGGCUCGAGCUCGGAAGAAGGCGGAUUGAUGGAGGAAGAUGGCGCCUCCUUGGCCAGGACGGACUCCAUGUCCCGCUCGCAAAGACAGACGUAUCACCGCAGGAUGGAGUCCGUAGAGACAAGGAGCUCCGUAGAUUUGCCGCCUGAUGCCCUGCUGCAGGUUCCAUACCUGUAUCGCUCAGCUAGUAUGCACAGUUCUAGACCCCCUUUAGCGGGGACCUUCCGGCCCGGAGAGCGGAGCGACUGCAACGGGAAAGGCACGCCCUCACUAUUGGGCCAGGUCUCAUUGGAGGAGAACACUGAAGAGGAAAAUGCUGAGGAAGACGUUCAUCUGGGUCGUCUGGCCAGAUUGUUUGGCUGGCUGGAAAAGAAACAACCCGAGUGGUGUCGACAAAGAGACACCUGGUCGCUCUACCUUUUCUCUCCGGAGUCAAGGUUUCGUUUUGCGUGCAAAAAGAUCAUCGACCACAAGAUGUUUGACCAUGUGGUGUUGGUUAUCAUCUUCCUCAACUGCAUCACCAUCGCCAUGGAGCGGCCUCGCAUCGACCCCACCAGUGCCGAACGGAUCUUCCUAACAUUAUCCAACUACAUCUUCACUGCGAUCUUUGUGACCGAGAUGACCAUCAAGAUUGUGGCUUUGGGUUGGUGCUUUGGUCACAAGGCCUAUCUGAGGAGCAGUUGGAACCUUCUGGAUGGGAUGUUGGUGAUGAUAUCUGUUAUCGACAUACUGGUUUCUCUUAUUUCCAAUUCUGGUACCAAGAUCCUGGGCAUGCUCCGAGUGCUGAGGCUACUGCGUACUCUAAGACCUCUACGUGUCAUCAGCAGAGCGCCUGGUCUCAAGCUGGUAGUUGAGACCCUGAUGUCUUCACUGAAGCCUAUUGGCAACAUUGUGGUCAUUUGCUGUGCCUUCUUCAUCAUCUUUGGCAUCCUUGGUGUACAGCUCUUCAAAGGGAAAUUCUUUGUUUGUCAAGGAGAGGAUGUAAGGAACAUCACAAACCGGUCCGACUGUUUACAAGCCAGCUACAGAUGGGUCAGACACAAAUAUAACUUUGACAACCUGGGACAGGCCUUGAUGUCUCUAUUUGUUCUGGCGUCAAAAGACGGAUGGGUGGAUAUUAUGUACGAUGGACUGGAUGCUGUCGGAGUGGACCAACAGCCAGUGAUGAACUACAAUCCAUGGAUGUUGCUCUACUUCAUCUCCUUCCUUCUGAUCGUGGCCUUCUUUGUGCUCAACAUGUUUGUGGGCGUGGUGGUGGAGAACUUCCACAAGUGUCGUCGCCACCAGGAAGCUGAGGAGGCCAAGCGCAGGGAGGAGAAGAGACUGAAACGCAUGGAGAAAAAGAGACGGAGUAAGGAGAAGGAGCUGGCUGAUGUAAUGGUUCCAGGGGUGAGUUGGGCCCUCUCUGAAGGCACAUUAAAAGAAGCUCAGAGUAAACCCUACUACUCCGAUUACUCCCCCACCCGUUUGGUUAUCCAUAAGAUGUGCACCAGCCACUACCUGGACCUCUUCAUCACCAUUGUCAUAGGGCUCAACGUCAUCACAAUGUCCAUGGAGCACUACCAACAACCCAAGGAACUGGACGAAGCGCUGAAGAUCUGUAACUACAUCUUCACGGUCAUCUUUGUUCUGGAGUCGGUCUUCAAAUUAGUCGCCUUUGGCUUUCGACGCUUCUUCAAGGACAAAUGGAACCAGCUGGAUCUGGCCAUCGUCUUGCUCUCCAUCAUGGGUAUUACUCUGGAGGAGAUCGAGGUCAACGCUUCGCUGCCCAUUAACCCCACCAUAAUCCGCAUCAUGAGAGUGCUGAGGAUUGCACGAGUGCUGAAGCUCCUAAAGAUGGCAGUGGGGAUGCGAGCUUUGCUGGACACGGUGAUGCAAGCCCUGCCUCAGGUGGGGAAUCUUGGUCUUCUCUUCAUGCUCCUCUUCUUCAUCUUUGCAGCUUUGGGAGUGGAGCUGUUUGGUGAUUUGAUUUGUGAUGAACUCCAUCCAUGUGAGGGCCUGGGACGCUAUGCGACAUUUAAAAAUUUUGGGAUGGCAUUUUUGCUGCUCUUCAGAGUUUCCACCGGGGACAACUGGAACGGCAUCAUGAAGGACACUUUAAGGGACUGUGCCCACGAGACCACUACCUGCUACAACACCGUGGUCUCUCCCAUCUACUUUGUCUCCUUCGUCUUGACCGCUCAGUUCGUCCUGGUCAACGUGGUCAUUGCUGUCCUGAUGAAGCACCUGGAAGAGAGCAACAAAGAAGCCAAGGAAGAGGCGGAGCUGGAGGCCGAGUUAGAGCUGGAGCUACACGGCGAUGGGGGGGACGUGGUCACGAGGUCGCCCCACUUCAACCCACUGGCAUUGGGCAUGGACACUUGUGGGGGUUCCCCCUGGAGCUCCACCAGAGGACAGGAAAGGGCUGUGGACUCACCUACUGUUGAUAUAGCCAGAGAAGAGCCACCCUCACGCCCGGAGCCCCCUCGUGAGCAAAGAGCACAGUUUGACUCAGUCUCCCUGGUCAUCCAGGGUUCAAUGGAAGAAGGGGAGCUGAGUUUGAUGGACAACUUGUCUGGCUCUGUGUGCCUCUACUACGCGCUUGGCUCCAAAGGCGGCAAGCACAACCCGGACCAAAAGAUUCCUCUAGCUGAGAUGGAAGCUUUGUCUGUGGCCUCGGAGAAAUCCUGGUCCCUAGCUGUGACAGAGGAAUCGCUCGCUGACCAUUUUAAUCCCCUCUCUCUAAGCAGCCUGGAAUGCAAUGUGGAGGAAGUGACAUCGGAGGACAACCUGUUGAGUGUCAGGAAGCCCGCGGUGGGACGCGCACACUCCUUACCCAACGACAGCUACAUGUUCUUCCCCCAGCAAGCCUUUGGCUCCAGUGGUUCAGUGCGUUCCCAACCUGAAGAAUGCUCCCAAAGACUGAGCAUUCCCACUGAGCUCUUCAGACCCAUCAGCCCCCACCGCCACUCAGACUCUGAGAGCAUACCGCGACUCCCCCCUCCCAGACGGAGGCAUGCGGUGCGCCGCAAGCUCCGCAGACAGGUGGCGGUGUCUACUGAGUCUCAGGAGGCCUUGUGUUCAGAUGGAGGGGAAAGCAGUGAAGGACAUUCCAAUGUGGCUUCCCUCGGCCUCCCUCCAUCCUCGUCUUCCUCCUCCUCCACGUCCUCACCUUUGACCUUCUCCCAGCAGCCUGCGCUCUAUCUGGUCCCCGCCACGCCCGGCGCCUCCCCGAAAGCAAGCGGCGAGCACACCCAGCGCUGCCUGGACUCGUGCCAGCGGCAAGAAAACCGGGCCUGUGUGGAUCAGGAAGUAUCUCUCAUUACUGCGGGAGUGUUGACGGGAAGCCAUGACAUGGUGACACACGACGACAAAGUCGGCAGUGCGAGCAGCACCGGUGCCAAAGAGGGUUACGAGAACAAUACAGACUGCCAAGAAAGCGGGGGUGCUUGUUUGAGGCCGCCGUUGAAGAGGUUUCACAGCGUGGACACACAAGGCCGCUGCAGCGUUCUCCCGCCCCGUCCUCGACCCUACUCCUGGUCGGACGAGCCACGUCGCCACUCGGUGGAGGUUUGCUCGGCCGCGCCGUCCGGCCCUCGGUACGGCUCGCCGGCGGCCUCCUCCGGUUUGGUGUCGCGGGCCGACAGUCUGCAAAUCCACAGCCGGACCUCGACUCAGACUUCACUGCCCUCACCCCGACGUAAGAAGAAGAUGAGUCCCCCUUGCAUCUCGGUGGACCCCCCCGAUGGAUCGGAACCCCAGUCCGGCCUCUCUCUGGGUGGCUUAGGCUUGCCCCCUCCCCUGCCCAAGCGGGACACCUGCCUGAGGAGGAGAGUGCCCUCGAGUGACUCCAAGGACUCCUUUGAGCUUGGUGUCGGAGAGGGUUCAGGACAGGAGGGUGACUCUUCUAACCCCAAGCUACUGAGCCUUCCCGGUUUCUCCUCCGAGCACUGAUGGCGACAUGAAACACAGACACUGCAGAUGCACUUGCUCUGCUGGUGAUAGAUCUAGUAAUAAUGCUGUAGAGAGUAAUAAUCAUCAUCAUCAUCAUCAUCAGAAAAAAAGGUGAAACAUCUUUUGUUCCUUUUUAGGAGCAGUGCUGUAGUAGCGUAACGGCCUUUGUCUUUGUAUUUUUUACUGCCAACACUCCAAGGCGGGAGAGCAAACAAGAAACGGGACUCGCGCUCCUCGACGACACUACAUAAGUUCUGGAGCGGCGACGUCAUCAAAUGAGCAACUUUUUGGUGUUUCGCAGGGUCAACUUUGACCACUCAUUGGAGGUACAAAGCAAUAUGAACGUUUUAGAGGCACUAUUUUCUUAACUUAUUAGGCCAUAGUGUUUGUACAGGGUGUUGUUGCGUUGGUUUUGUUUGGGGGGUUUUCCCCUUGGGCUCGGGUUAUGAAUGCUUUGUCUUGUCUUUCACUCGAGGUUAUUUUUAGCUUUCUUGGUUUCUUAGACUUACAUACAUGCACACACAUCACGCACAGCCUGGAUUUUUAAGCACACACACAGUGGUUGAUUGUUAGAAAGUUGCAAAUGGGUUCGUUUCAUCAAUUUCCUAAUUCUGUCAAACUGUUGCAAGGGUGUAACAUGUUUUAAGGCAAAACUUUUGUCUGGUGUUUUUUCCACCCACUUCAUACGACAGCUCCAAUUUUAAGAUUGUUUGGACACUGGGUUUUUGGUUGUUGUUUUUUAAAAAGGGAGGGCGUGGUGGUUGUCUUUUACUUGUGUGAUGCUGAAAAUGACAACAAAAAGCACAUUGUUUCAUGUUUCACCUCAUCAACCUUAUUCUAUGCGAUGUAUUUAUUUAUUUUUCAAAAUAAACACUUAUUUAAAGUUGUA